AGGGGAAGAAGAGGAAGAAAGGUAGCUGCAGCCUGCAGGAAAUGAAGGGCGGAGGAACUGGUAAGAAAGUUGGGUGGCGUUUGCAGGAGAGAGGAGUAGAUGCCUACCCAAACCUUUGCGAGGCGGAAGACGAGGAUGGGAAGAAGGGACAGUAAAGUGCAUGUAUAUAUGCUUGGUGGGGAGGACAAAGAGCUCCACUGUCGCAGAAGAAAUUAGCCAACGCCUUUACAGACAGAAUGAGAUCUAUGUAAUCUCCUGUUUCUCAGAUCUCUCUCUCUCUCUCUCUCUGAUCUCUCUCUUGAAGCCAUUAAUGGCGGCAGUAGUGGGUCUGGUUCUUCUGGUGGGUUCUCUCUUGUGGCUUCAUGGCUGCAGUCAGUAUGCCUUGGGAGAGCAGAGAGUGACGACCUUGCCUGGCUACGACGGCGAACUUCCCUUCGAAUUAUACACAGGGUACAUAACAGUGAACGAGACAACUUCCAACAACUUGUUUUAUUACUUCAUCAAGUCUGAAAGGAACGCAACGGAGGAUCCACUAAUUUUCUGGCUAACCGGAGGACCUGGCUGCUCUGGCCUCAGUGCCAUAGCCUUUGAGAUAGGUCCCAUGCGGUUUAAAUGGGAAGAAUACACUGGAGGCGUGCCGUCUUUGAUGUACCAUCCCUAUGGAUAUACAAGGAUUGCCAAUGUUAUUUUCGUGGACUCGCCGACGUUCACCGGCUAUUCAUAUUCAAAUUCCAGUUCUGAUUAUGAGACCAGCAAUUCCGCAAACGUAGAAGAAGAUUAUGUGUUCCUAAAGAAGUGGCUUGAAAUGCACCCAGAGUUCCAAUCCAACCCAUUGUACAUUGCUGGGGACUCCUACUCUGGCAUGAUCAUUCCGGCUGUUACUUAUAAAGUUGUGCAAGAUAUUGAAAACGGGACAGGUGACAUUUUUAAUCUAAAGGGCUAUUUUGGUGGCAACCCAACUACAGACGACUACUUUGAUGCAUGCCAAGUACCACAGGCUCGCGGAAUGGCCCUCAUUCCAGAAGACUUAUAUAAGCUAACCAAGGAGAGCUGCAACGGGGAAUACUACACUCCACCAAACGAGAACUGCACUAAGAAUCUUGAGCUUGUAGAUGAGUUAAUUGUGCAGAUUAACGAACAAAACAUACUGGAGGUGUAUUGUGGCUUCUAUUGGUCGCCCAAACGGAGGCCGAGAGUCGUGUCCAGGCGUGCACAAUACGAGUUUGAAUCUGUUCAUGACUUCUCAUCCUUGAUUCCUCCCUUAAAUUGCAGGGAGUACACGUACUAUCUAAGCUAUGUUUGGGCGAACAAUGAGACCGUCCAAGAGGCACUUCACGUCCGAAAUGGAACAGUGAGCGAGUGGCAGAGAUGCAGCACAACCAUCACCUACAACAAAGAGUGGGCGAGUGUCAUCGAGUACCACCGUGCUCUCCUCACUAAAGGAUAUCCUGCUCUUUUCUACAGUGGUGAUCACGAUAUGGUGGUGCCCUACAUUGGGACAGAGGGUUGGAUCAGUUACCUCAACUUAACCAUAUCUGAAGAAUGGCACCCUUGGCUUGUCGAAAACCAAGUUGGAGGGUACACAAAGAAAUACUUACCCAAUGUUACCUAUGCCACGGUGAAGGGUGCGGGACACACAGCUCCAGAAUACAAACCUAAGGAGGUUUACAACAUGUAUGAGAGGUGGCUAACACAGAAGCCUCUCUGACCACUUCUCUCUUAAGCGGAAGCCUCUUUAAUCACCUCUCGCUCUCUCUCUCUGGUGAUUAUUGUCUUUUUUGCAAGGCAAAUUUUCGCCUAUGCAAUAAUAUUUUUAUGUGCAUUUUUCUGCACGAGUUCGCUAUUAUUUAUUAGACAGAACGCUGCUGGAGAUGCUCUGAUGUAAUGCAUGAAACAUUGCAGCAUUUUUGUGGUUUUCAGAAUUCUCUUUCCGGAUUUUUGCAUUCAGUCAUGGUCAGCAUGCCUGAACAUAGAAUCCAGACUUUUCAUUUCUCUGCACCUUUCACCAGUAUUUGAUGGUGAAUUUGUUAAUGAAGUUCGAUUAAUUUCAAGGUAAAACAAAUUCAAAGGGAAAAGUUCUAUAA